UUGGUUGUGGCUGUGCCAAAGCAGCAGCUUGAUCCUGUCCUGGGGCAGCUGAGGAAAGCAGAAUUCCUGCAGGCAGGAAUUUCCAAACCCCUUCUCCCCUUCUUUUCACCGCAGGACACCCGGGGCCGGCAGAGCUCAGCGAGCACCCCGCCCUGCCCGAGCAGGCGCUGCAGACCGUGGCCAGGCUCAUCGAGGCGCUGGAAAAACAAGGGCUCGACAGCGAGGUGCUCUACAGGCCCGGCCCCGCCGUGCUGGGGGAUGCUGAGCUGAAACAGGCGCUCCUGGCUGAUGCCUCAGCUGUGGACAUGGACCUGUAUGAGGCCCAGACACUGGCAGAUGCCCUGAAGUGGUACCUCCAGGAGCUCCCCACACCCCUGAUCCCUUCAGCUCUCUACAGUGACUUGGUCCACAUGGCUCAAGAGACCCCAGGCCUGGAGGAGUGUGGCCAGCGAGCCAGAGCCCUGCUGGCCCCCCCAGCCCUGCCACAGCCACAGGCACUGCUCCUGCGCCAGCUCGCCCGCCACUUCUGUCACCUCUGCCAGGGCAGCCACCGCAGCCGCCUCUCGCCCCGGCUCCUCGGGGAGCUCUUUGGGGAGCUGCUGCUGCACCCUGUGGCGGCCAGCACCGAGGCAGGCCCUGAGCUCCGUGCAAGGAUCCUCGAGUCCUUCAUCAUGGCCAGCGAGGUGGCAGAGCUGCCAGCAGCUCCUGUACCUCUGGGGCUGCAGGCGCGCAGGGCCAGGAUGACAUGA